CCUAGAGCUAGCUAGACCAGAAACGAUUUUAGUUUAGGACGGAAUAGGCAAUUUAAUUUUGAUUGUGAACCUGAGGUGAUUAACGAUGAGUGUGGGGUGUCGCUAGUUUAUUAAAAAAAAUAAUCUUCACUUUAGUAAUACUACAUAACAAGUUUAAGUGCUUCGUGUUUUUCUUUGUCUUUUGUCUAUCCCAAACAAAGCAAUUUUUAUUGCUUUGGUAAAUCCUUUCAAAUACAACACGUAAUCGUGCGAAACAUCAAUUAACAAGUAAUCUUACCGGAAGAACAAAUUUCACCAUCAAUUACCUAUCCAAAAAUAAAUUUAAAAAAGAAACUCCUCCCAAUAUAUGUACAUCUAGCCAAAACAUAACAAGUGACUAAUUAAAAACAACAGGAGUACCGACGAAAUAUCGAUAUAAAAAUAAAAGAAUGGCACCAGCACUGAGCAAGUUGGCCCAGCACCAAAGUGCCAUAGUCGGCCUAACUGGUAUUUCAGCCGCUCUAUGGAUUAUUGGUCAUGGCAAAAUGUCCAAUAAGAAGAGAAAACCUCGCCCUGAAGACCAAAUAUUGUAUAUGAUAAAUGAAAAAAAGGAUAAAAAAUCACCAAAAGCUCAAGUUAAUUCCCUUUUCUUUAAACAAUUAAGACAGUUACUGCCUAUUCUCAUACCUGGAAUAUGGAGUGUCGAGAGUGGACUUCUGGUUCUUAUUGCUGGUGCACUAGUUGCAAGAUCUAUAAGUGAUAUAUGGAUGAUACAAACAGCAACUGUUGUUGAGAGCACAAUUAUAGGAAUGAAUAAGGCUAAAUUUAAAUCAGCUCUCGUUAAGUACCUUGCUGCUCUUCCAAUGAUAUCUGUGGUGACAAAUGUCCUCAAAUGGAGUUUGGGAGAGUUGAAAUUGAGAUUUAGAACAAAUUUAACUCAUCACUUGUACAAAGAAUAUCUAAAAGGUUAUACAUAUUAUAAAAUGUCUAAUUUGGACAAUCGCAUAGCAAAUGCAGAUCAGCUACUCACAACUGAUAUUGAUAAAUUUUGUGAAAGUGCAACCGAUUUAUAUUCAAAUAUCAGUAAACCAAUUUUAGAUAUCAUUAUCUAUGUUUAUCGAUUAACAAUGAAUCUUGGUGGACAGACACCAUCAAUACUAAUGGUUUACCUUCUCUUCGCUGGAGUUAUGUUAACUCGUUUGAGACGACCAACUGGAAGGCUAACAGUAGAAGAACAAAAACUCGAAGGCGAAUUUCGUUAUGUUAAUAGUAGACUUAUAACGAACUCCGAAGAGGUUGCCUUUUACCAAGGUAACAACCGUGAGAAACUUACACUUUUGGCUAGUUUUGCCAAAUUACGAUCACAUCUGAGAAAGUUCUUGGAAUUCCGAGUUAGUAUGGGAAUCAUCGAUAAUAUUGUUGGAAAAUAUUUCGCAUCAGUUGUUGGUUUCUGGGCAGUGUCGUUGCCUUUCUUCACAGAAAAUCAUCCACUUCUUUCUGGAGGAUCAAGUGCGACAAGAUUGCAAGCAUACUAUACAUACGGAAGAAUGUUGGUUAAAUUAGCAGAGGCUAUUGGUAGACUUGUCUUAGCUGGACGUGAAAUGUCCCGACUAGCUGGUUUCACUGCUCGUGUAACUGAAUUGAUUAAGGUGCUAGGUGACCUUAACCAAGGGCAUUACGAGCGCACAAUGGUCAACAACGUGAGCAACGGUGAAACGAAUUUCGGUCCAAAUAAGGGUAUCAUCGCGUUCCAAGAUCAGAUAAUUCGAUUCGAAAAGGUUCCAUUGGUCACACCAAAUGGAGAUGUUUUAUUAAAGGAAUUAUCAUUCGAAGUCAAAUCAGGAAUGAAUGUCCUUGUUUGUGGGCCAAAUGGGUGUGGUAAAUCUAGUCUUUUCCGAAUUUUGGGUGAACUGUGGCCAACGUGGGGUGGCAAAGUAACAAAACCACCACGUGGUAAACUAUUCUACAUUCCACAAAGGCCCUACAUGACCCUUGGAACACUUCGUGAUCAGAUAAUUUACCCACAUACGUACGAAGAAAUGACACGACGAGGUAAAUCAGAUAGCGACUUGAGGAAAUUCCUUGAAAUAGUCCAACUAACAAACCUAGAACUACGCGAGAAUGGCUUGGAUGCCAUUGAAGACUGGAUUGAUGUACUAUCAGGAGGUGAAAAACAACGUGUUGCCAUGGCCCGGUUAUUCUAUCAUAGUCCACAAUUUGCUAUUCUCGAUGAAUGCACCAGUGCCGUUUCGGUUGAUGUAGAAGGAUCAAUGUACCAAUAUUGCAGAGAAGCUGGCAUAACACUCUUCACUGUAUCGCAUAGAAAAUCACUUUGGCAACAUCACGAUUAUUAUUUACAAUUUGACGGACGUGGUACAUACGAAUUUGCGCCAAUUGACAAUUCCAAAGAACAAUUUGGAUCGUAGAAUAAGAAAAAUAGAAAAAUCAUUCCCCUGUUACCCUUAGAUCAAUUUAAUUGUAUAUUUUUUUUGUUUUUAAUAUAACACUUUAUUCAUUUCCUUCUUAAUUCUUGCGAUUCGUUUAUAGUAUCUUCUCUGUGGUUUCAGUUUGAAUAAACAAAAAAUAAAAAUAGGAAACAAAUUAAUUCAAAGUUGGGGUUGAUAAGUCAAUGUAUGAUUUUAUUGUAUAUGAAUAUCAUUGAAAAUGAGGUGCUGGAUUCCUUCUUUUUUUAUUUAUAUCAUGAUCUUUCGAUGAACAAUCCUAUUAGUUUAUAAAAUUACUUUUGUAUUAUUAUAGGUUAAUUUGGAAAGAGUAAAGCAAAUAAAGCUUAUAAAAAACAUAAUAA